AUGUCUUUCCCCAUCAUUGACGUUUGGGCGAAUCCCGUCUUACCUUUGGACGAAGGCGUACCUGAGGUUCGCCGUCUAUUCGAACAGUCUCAUGCUGAUACCAGCUUGCUAUCCCGGAGACGGACACCCGAUGAGCUCGUCGCUCUCAUGGAUGCCGCGGGAGUUUCAAAGAUAUGCCUCUGCGCAUGGUACCGACCAGGGCAAGUAGUCUUCUCCAACGAAGACGUGGCGCAGUUCACUCGCGCCUAUCCUGACCGUUUUAUCGGGAUUGCCGGUGUCGACCUGCAUGAUCCGGUCAGCUACGUGAAAGAGGUGGAAAAGUACGUCAAAGUCGAAGGAUUUAAAGGUGUUCGCGUGGUGCCAUGGCUUUGGAAUCUACCACCAACGGACAAGCACUACUGGCCGCUCUAUGUUAAGUGCAUUGAGCUCAAUAUUCCCUUCCUCACUCAGGUCGGACAUACUGGCCCCCUCUGCCCAAGCGAAGUUGGCCGACCAGUACCUUAUAUCGACGAGGUGGCACUGGCAUUCCCCUCGCUGUCGAUCAUCUGUGGACAUAUUGGUUUUCCCUGGACACAAGAGAUGAUCGGUGUGGCGUGGAAGCAUCCGAAUGUCUACAUCGACACUUCGGCAUAUCUACCGAAGUAUUAUCCAAAGGAACUGAUACAGUUUGCAAACACCACCGGAAGGAAAAAGGUCAUGUUUGGAACUAACUUCCCCCAAUUAAGCUGGAGCAAGUGCGUCGAGUCAGCGAACCGGGACAUCAGACUUCGGGACGACGUCAAGGCAGAUUUCUUUGGCGGAAAUGCUGCCAGGGUGCUCAAGCUUGGGGCUGUUGCCUUGAGCAAAGAGAAGCUUUGA